CUACGAACGAGAGCGAGCGUUGAUACGGCGGAUGAGGGAAAGCGCGUCAGAAUGGCCAUGCCGUAUCAAUGAGGAGAACGAAGGGAAGUUGAUAGUGGGAGAACCGGACUUCCUUCUACCUCGGGAAAGAGCCCUGAUGGUGGAGCUGAUGAACAAAAGACAUCGCGCCUAUGCGUUCAGCGACGAGGAGCGUGGCAGGUUGGAUGUGGACAAGAUUCCAAUGAUCCGCAUCCAUACCGUGUCGCACGAGCCAUGGAAUCUAAGAGAGGCGCGAUACCCGGAUCCGGACAAAGAGAAGAAGGUAGUGGACUACCUCGAUGGCAAAAUACGUACGCACGUCACCGACUACUCGAGUGGAUCCUACGCAUCCUCGUGGUUUUGUUUUAUUAAGCCCAAUGGGACACUAAGGUGGGUACAGGACUUGCAGAGACUGAAUGCGGUGACAGUGCGGGAUGCAGGUGGGCUACCAAAUGUUGAUGCGCUGUCGGAAUCGUGCGCUGGGAGACCGAUAAUUUCACUUAUUGACCUCUAUUCCGGAKAUGACMAAUUUUCGGUCUACCCGCCGGACCGACCAGUGRCAGCUAUGCACACGCCUCGAGGGCUUAUCCACAUGAAUGUGGCUCCGCAAGGGUGGACGAAUGCGGUGGCAAUAGUCCUGAGGAAUAUGAUCCGGGUCAUGCAGACAGUUAGUCCACACAUCACGCAGCCAUACAUCGAUGACCUGGCAGUGAAAGGGCCGCGAAAAAGGGAAGACAAUGAGGUCCUGCCUGGAGUAAGGCGGUUUGUUUGGAGGCACGUUCAGGACCUUGAUAAAGUCUUGGGCUUGCUUGAGGAGUACAACCUUACGGCUAGUGGGCCUAAGUCUAAGCACUGUAUGAGGGAAGCGACUAUCUUGGGGUUCGUCUGUAAUGAGAACGGCCGGCGACUGGAUGUUAAGAAGACGGAUAAGAUAGUUGAGUGGCAGGUGCCAUUCCGUUCUGUAACAGAUGUAAGGAGCUUCCUAGGUACGUGUGGGUUUUGGAGGUCCUUCGUCAAGAACUUUGAGGCAAAAACAUAGCAAUUAAGGAAGCUGGUCCGGCAGGAUCAGGAGUGGACCUGGGGUGAGGAUCAGGCCAACAUGAAAGAGGAGUUAUGGGAAGGAGGAUUGGUGCUGGGAGCGCCCGAUUAUGACGCUACGGAGACGAGACCAUUCAUUGUGGAGACCGAUGCAGGACCGACGGCCUUGGGUGGAGUUCUAAUCCAAGC